AAGUCAGCUAUACGCAGGAAUCCACUUCGCCUCGCACCCGCAAUUUGUUUUGCAACCAGACAUAAUUUAUGUCCCCAAACAACAGCUUACGAAGGCUGCAUUAUUGUAAAAGAAAGCCAAUAAAUAUACGGAAUCUUGAUGGGAGUUGGCGGGACUGUGUCCGUUACAUUGCAGUUCAUAGCUGGUCCCAGGCAGGUCACGGAGCUUCCUUCCAUCUGCACCGUCGAAGCGAUUGUGCACUGCGCGGAGCAGGCGUUUGGCACUUUAACAGCUGGGGGCGUCAAAGUAGUACUACGAGGAGCAGCGUUGCCAGUCAAUAAGCCGAACCACGUCGUGACCUUACGGGAUGGCGAUCAUCUACUUGUCGCGCCGCAGCGCAAAGCGCCCUCACCCGAAAUCGUCGCUGCAGUGACCCGUGGUUCAGCUUCGUCUCGCGUCCGUCACGAUGACGGCGACGACGAGGAAGACCGGAUUGCCCUGCCGCAAGGCACCCCACGCUGGGAGGUGGCCGUAGUUGAGGCGCUACGAAACCGCGCGCGCUGCCCCGAUUGGAUCCUGGAGUGGGUCGUCCUUUUACGGCCAUGGCGUCUUGCGUUGUUUUGCGGUUUCCUACUAGGUUGCGUCAUAUCAUCGCGGCUAGGUCUAGGGCCGUUGUUCGUUCUGGGCUGCCUUAUUGGUGGCAUCUUCACCAACCUCGGAACUCGGCGCGCCGGGGAGCUGUCCGCAUAUUCGAUUUUCAACCGAGGUGUACGGCGACUGCCAGGCCAGUUGGAUGCAGAAGAGAUUGACAGGCAGAUGCGGCAGGGACAGCUUGGUUGA